CAAGUGCCUAUCUGGGUCCCGGAGCGACUGAUUAGAAGAAUCGAUCAACAUGGCCCGCCCCGUCCUGAUGCUCGGCCUGAUAGCAAUCCUGGCGACAUCAGCAUCCCUUCAACAGAUGCACCAACCUACUUUCAUUCCCAUGCCCGUUUCUGUAAAUCCUAACGAUUUGCCUGUAUUGCUCUCAAGACAUAAAAGAGACUUUGGGAUCACUGCAGCCAUUAUUGUGGCUGUAGCGGCCUCCGCAGCUGCAGCAAUUACAACGGCUGUAGCUCUCACCACGUCUGUACAGACUGCCUCCACUCUUAAUAACCUAACUACGGGAGUUGCAAAAGCCCUUGCCACACAAGAACUAAUUAAUGGCCACCUUCAAGCCGGUAUUAUGAUCGUCAAUCAGCGAGUAGAUCUAAUCCAGGAACAAGUGGACAUUGUCCAGAAACUAUUGACGACCGGAUGCAUCCAAUCACUUUCUCGACUUUGCAUAACCUCCGUGGCCUAUAAUGACCUUUCUAUUGCAGCUAAUCUGUCGAAAGAGUUAAGCAGACACCUAAAUGGGACAUGGUCCAAUCAAUAUUAUAAUUUGACAAGAUUGUUAAGACAACAAAUAUUCACUAUUAAUGCAACUAAGAUUGACAUAGCUCCAUUACAGAAUUGGGUGACUUCUCGUUAUGAUCUUCCAACAAUAGCCAUUGUUUAUGGUAGUGUUUUUAGCAAAAAGCAACCAUUUCAAACCCUCAACUGGAGUCUUAGGGUGGGAAUAGGGUUGGAGGGAUUUCCUAUCAUGGCACCCACCAUUUUCAGCCUGUCUGGUUUGAUCUGGCUUCUUGUGGAGUGUUGCCAAGAUGGUCGCCUGACUUUCCAGAUAACUGGCCAUGACAUCCUCGUUUUUGACCCCCAGGUGUCAUGUUAG